AUGCUGUGUCUCGGAUCACUACUCCGUCCUUACAGCCGCCUCACCCAGUUCCGGCAGCUCCAGUGUCACUGUCUGAUCACUGCCAAAUACAGCAUUUCCUCGCUGCUCUGCACCACUCUGGUGCGCGCAUCCGUGCACUGUGUUACAGCCACGCUGCAGGACUGGCCGUGCCAUCAGGCAGCCUGCUCCAUGCGCCAUCCCUUGGCCUUUCAAGCCGGGAUCGUGCGCAGUUGCUCACCUCAGCGGUGUCCUCAGAGAUCCUUGAGCUCCUUCGUCAGACCUCCAAACCUGCUCAGGACUCUUCUCUUCAGCUAA